CAAUCCCCGAUCUCGGGACCUCAUCAACCAGCGCAGCAGCAACAGGGAUACCCUGGUCCACAGGGUCCAAUGGUUCCACCAACGGCUGGAAAUAUGCCUCCUCGUGGAUACAACCAAAUGGUUCCCGGCGCUGGUUACAACUCGAUGCAGCCCGGACAGCAGCAGUUCCAGGCUGGGGGCAUGAUGGGACCUGGUGGUCACUAUCCGGCGGCUCCUUCGCCACCGCAACCGAAACGCCUUGACCCGGAAAGCAUGCCCAAUCCGAUCCAACUGAUGGCAGAAAAUCAGGAAAGCUGUGGCGGCAUCUUCUCGACGAACCACGCAGGUCAAGUACCACCGCUGGUGGCGACCCGGUUUGUCACACAGGAUCAGGGUAAUGCCGGGCCGCGCUUUGUGCGCUCGUCGAUGUACAGCAUUCCCCAGACGGCCGAUCUGAUGAAGCAAAGUGCGGUCCCAUUUUCGCUCAUCAUUUCGCCCUUCGCCCGACUGGCCGACCAAGAGAUGGCACCGCCAAUCGUAGAUUUUGGUGAGCUCGGACCGAUCCGAUGCAUCCGAUGCAAGGCGUACAUCUGUCCGCACAUGCAGUUCGUCGAUGGUGGCCGCCGCUUCCAAUGUCAGUUCUGUAAAGCAACCACCGAUGUUCCACCGGGCUAUUUUCAGCAUCUCGAUCACACCGGUCAGCGAAUGGACAAGUACGAGCGACCCGAGCUCGUGCUUGGUGCGUACGAGUUUGUAGCGACAAAAGAAUACUGUCGCAACAAUAAACCGCCGUGCGAGCCGGCCAUGCUGUUUCUAAUCGACGUGUCGUACAACAACGUCAAAUCUGGCCUGGUACAGCUGCUGUGCACUCAAAUGAAGCACAUCAUCAGCCAGUUGCCCAGGGACCAGGGACAGACACGUUCGUCGAUGAAGGUCGGCUUCAUCACCUACAACAGUUCGGUGCACUUUUACAAUUUGAAGAGCUCGCUGGCUCAGCCGCAGAUGAUGGUGGUCGGUGAUCUGCAGGAAAUGUUCAUGCCAUUGCUGGAUGGCUUCUUGGUGGAUGUGGAAGAGUCGGCCACCGUAAUCGAUGCCCUGAUGGAGCAGAUUCCAAAAAUGUUUGGCGAUACGCGUGAAACGGAAACCAUCUUGCUGCCGGCGCUGCAAGCUGGUCUCGAGGCGCUCAAAGCGUCCGACUGUGUCGGUAAGCUGUACGUUUUUCACUCAACGCUGCCGAAUGCCGAGGCUCCGGGCAAGCUGAAGGCACGCGAAGACAGGAAGCUGCUUGGAACGGAGAAGGAGAAAACGGUUCUAACACCGCAGUCGACGGUGUACAAUAUGCUGGCGCAGGAGUGCGUUGGGGCGGGCGUUUCCGUCGAUUUGUUUGUUUUCAACAACGCGUACAUUGAUCUGGCCACGAUCGGUCAGGUGGCCCGGCUUACCGGAGGUGAAGUUUACAAGUACACUUACUUCCAGGCGGAUAUUGAUGGUCACCGGUUGGUGGCUGAUCUUGUGCGAAACAUUUCGCGCCCGAUAGCAUUCGACGCGGUGAUGCGCGUUCGCACGUCGACCGGUAUACGACCGACCGACUUUUUCGGUCACUUUUUCAUGUCCAACACGAAGGACAUGGAGAUUGCCAGCAUCGAUUGCGACAAGUCAGUCGCGGUGGAGAUCAAGCACGACGAUAAGCUAACGGAUGAACUGGUGCUGAUUCAAGUGGCCCUUCUAUACACCUCGUGUUCGGGCCAGCGGCGCCUCCGUGUGCUCAACCUCAGUCUAAAGACGUGCAGUGAGCUGCUGGAACUGUUCCGUUGCUGCGAUCUCGAUUCGACAUUGCUGUUCUUUGCCAAGCAGGGCCUGGCGAAGCUGAUGGACAAUACGCCGAAGGCAGUGAAGGAUGCGAUUGUCCAACGCUCGGUACAGCUGUUGGCCUGCUAUCGGAAAAAUUGCGCUUCAGCCACAUCGGCCGGUCAGCUCAUUUUACCCGAGGGCAUGAAACUGUUGCCCCUCUAUGUGAACUGCUUGCUGAAGAAUGAUGCAUUUUCGGGCGGUUCGGACCUCUCGAUCGAUGAUCGAUCAUACGUGAUCUACUACGUUAUGAGCAUGGACCUGCCGGCAUCGGUACACUAUUUCUAUCCACGAUUGAUCCCACUGCACGAUUUGCAGCUCGAAACUGACACGAUUCCGGCCGCCAUCCGGUGUACCGGCGAAAAGAUGCUGGAAGAUGGAGCAUACAUUUUGGAGAACGGUGUGCACAUGUUUAUGUGGUUGGGCCUAUCGCUGUCACCGGAGUUUACGCAGUCGGUAUUCGGGGCACAGUGUACGCAGCAGAUCGAUACCGAUCGCACUGGUUUGCCGGUGUUCGAUAAUCCUCUUUCACGACGAGUCCGUGGUAUUGUCGACAGACUACAACGAGAGAAGCGUCGGUGCAUGAGGCUAACACUCGUGAAGCAACGCGACAAACUGGAGAGCGUUCUGCGCCACUUCCUGGUGGAGGACCGCGGUACGACUGAUGGCUCGGUGAGCUACGUCGACUUCCUCUGCCAUAUGCACAAAGAGAUUCGUCAAAUGCUAAGCUAGCUGGACAAUAGUAUCAAUGCAGCGAACGGGUUUUUCCUGGGCGGGGGGUUUCGAUUUAGCAAUAGAUGUCGUGCUACGGCAGAAGGAGCCACUACGUUUAACUAUACUUCUAAUAUCACCAACACUACCACUACCAGCUACAAGACCAGCGGAACUAGCAGUUUAACUGCUCCUCCCAGCCAACAGAACACGUCGAACAAUGCCAAUCAUAACCGGAACGACAUGAAUGGCAAUGCCAUCACUACCAGCGAAGGGCUGCCUCUACAUACUUGUUGCGCGGAACAGCAUAGAAGAGUGCAAGAACAGCACCGGGCAAAGUUUAUCAGCGCCACACGAUGUCACGGUUUCGUCGGUAAUCGGAUCGCUUCGCGUUACGAUGAAGACGAAGAAGAGGAUGAAGUAGUGAACAACGAAGACGAAGGAACAGGAUAUGGCGCCGAUCCGAACGGUACGAUUGAAGAGGAAGACGAAGAUGCUUUGCGAGAAGCCGAGCUAAACCACGAGACCGCUGGGCGUAGUCCGGUUAUGGUGCCCGCGGAGUAUCACGUGUCCGCCUCUUACUCACAGAAUCGUUCCAAAGCGAAUCGGCUUCGACGAAACUUUGGGGGAAAAUGGUAAUCGGUGGUGGUGAUGUUACAAGUUGCAGAAUAACGCAAUAUCCCUGCGCUCUUUCACUAGUUUAUUUGUUCUUCUUGGAACGGCAAUUUUGUGUAACGCCGAGCGAUGAAACAGAUCAACUAUUACAAUUGUAUUCCUUUUUCGUGCGUUAAGCUGGGCCGGCAUACCAGACAAAAUGUAUCGGGUCUAUAUGAUUAUUACUAAAUGGCGAUCAUGAUAAAUAACAACACAUACCGAACAGACAUUUGGGCCGCAAAGUGCUGAGCGAACAACUUAACGUUACUUACAGUAUCCAGAGCUCCCGCUAGGGCAAAAGAAAACCAACGUAAGGCGCAUGUGGCAACGGAUGGCAUACUUUAAUGUGAAGUUACGAACCGAGCAGAUAUGAAUAAUAGCAAAAUAUAUCCACAUUAUACAUUCUACUAUGAUUAUGGAAAUCAAUUUUUUUAUAUUUAUUUUUGUGUCGCUGGUUUUUUAAUAAUUAUUUUUUAAUAUUUUUACUUCUGGCAUGACCUCCCAAUGUCUUCAGUAUUUCCGUUGGGGCAACUGCGGUGUUGCUCAUCAAUGUUCUUAACGCCCGAAACAGGCCACUGUUUAAAGAUGUGUCUAAUAAA